CUCUCUCUCAAAAGAGAGAGACAAAGAAAGAGACUUGUUGCAUAGUAAAACAAAGCAAAAAAAAACCCAAACCAAAGCUCUUGGCUUUUUCUCUCUAUAUUUUGAUCCCCAUAUUCAUCCCAUCACACCAAAAUUGGGUUCUGGGUGGGUAAAAAACCAAACACUCACCUCAAAACAACACCAACAAGAAGAAGGCGCUGCUUCAGAUCAGAAGGGCAUUCCGGUCAUUGUCUCACCUCCAUGUUCCCCUCCGGCGCUGGAGACGUCUUCAGGUCCGGCGGAGGUGGUGGGUUAUGGUCGGCGGCUCCGUCGCACGUGGCCGUCGGCGUGACGGUCUUGGCCGGGCUGGCUGUCGUCAUGGCCUUGUUCUGCACUUCCUCUAGAGCUCUAAGACGAAGUCAGACUUCGUUGCCUUCGAAUUCUUCAUCUCCUUCUUCAUCAUCUUCGUCGUCGUCGUCGUCGUCCUAUUCGUGGGUUCAGUUGCGUUCGGUUCUGUUAGUCGUAACCUCUUCCUCACCAGCUCAUUGUUCUUCCUCCUCCGAUCGGGUUCGUCUUAAGUCACCAUGGUCUCGCCGGAAAAGAAAGCACGCCCUUUCACUUCAGCAAUGGAGACAUUUUUUUACACCAGAUGGAAGACUUCGCGACGGUGGAGUCAAAUUGGUGAAAAAAGUCCGUAGUGGGGGUGUUGAUCCAAGUAUUAGGGCGGAGGUUUGGCCAUUUCUCCUUGGAGUCUAUGAUUUAAACAGUUCGAAAGAAGAAAGGGAUAUAGUAAGAUCUCAGAAAAGAAAGGAAUAUGAGAAACUGCGCAGACAGUGCCGUCGGGUCAUAAAGUGCAUCAAUGGGAGCUCUAAGUUGAACGGGGACAGUUGUCCUGAGACAGAUUCUCCUUGCUCUGAGGAUGUGGUUAGUGCCAGGGAGUCCCUUUCUAGUGAAGACAGAAUCGCAGAUUCUGAAUACUCAGAUGACCCUUCCACUAUAUUGUUGGAUGGAGAUGAUACUUCAAGACGAAACACAAAUGCUGAUUCCAAAGCACUUAACUCUGACUCAUCUGACUCAGACUCUUCUGUAGAAUCUGAGGUGAUUCAGGCUUGCCCCUCAUGUGAAGAAAAGGAAAAGAAUGAUUCUGACAUGACUACCAAGGAUGAUGUAUCUCCCUUGAGGACAGAAGUCCAAUCAACGCUAACCAGUGAGGAUUUUAGCACAUGGAAGCGGAUCAUACGCCUUGAUGCAGUACGAACUAAUGCAGAUUGGAUCCCUUACUCCCCAACUCAAGCUGAAGUAUCAGAGGAUAGGGCACGACGGUCUGCGGAGGCUGUUGGGUUGAAGGAUUACGAUCACCUGGAGCCUUGUAGAGUUUUCCAUGCUGCUCGACUGGUUGCUAUUCUUGAAGCAUAUGCACUGUAUGACCCCGAAAUUGGUUACUGCCAGGGUAUGAGUGAUCUACUUUCUCCUAUAGCAGCUGUAAUGACAGAGGAUCAUGAGGCUUUCUGGUGUUUUGUGGGUUUCAUGAAGAAGGCUCGACAUAAUUUUAGGCUCGACGAGCUAGGGAUCCGAAGGCAGUUGCAUAUUGUUUCUAAGAUUAUCAGAUGCAAGGACUCCCAUCUUUACAGGCACUUGGAGAAGCUCCAGGCUGAGGAUUGCUUCUUUGUUUAUAGGAUGGUGGUCGUGCUAUUUAGGAGGGAGUUGACAUUUGACCAGACAAUAUGCCUGUGGGAGGUAAUGUGGGCAGAUCAAGCAGCCGUUAGGGCUGGGAUUGGAAAAUCUGCAUGGAGCAGAAUCAGGCAACGAGCCCCACCAACAGAAGAUUUAUUACUUUAUGCAAUCGCAGCUUCAGUAUUGCAGAAAAGGAAGCUGAUAAUAGAGAAGUAUAGCAGCAUGGAUGAGAUCAUUAGGGAGUGCAAUAGCAUGUCUGGGCAACUUGAUAUAUGGAAGCUUCUGGAUGAUGCACAUGACUUGGUGGUAAACCUUCAUGACAAGAUAGAGACAUCCAUCUCUGCACCAUCCCUUAGCUAAGUUUAUACUUCUUUGUUAGGGUUCCGUUUUGAAAUUGGGUUCAAUCUGUACUUUGAACUCCUCUCUUCUCUUCUUCUUUCUUUUUCUUUUACGCAAGCACCCACAAGCUUAAUCGAGUCAGAGUUGUGCUACUCAAUUUUGCAUCUUCUGACUACGAGCAUACUUGAAGUGGAGGUGGGCAAACAUUCAAAAGAUUAAUUAUUUAGAUUUAUCUGUAUUUUAAUCCUCGUACUUUUAUACUUGAGUUCCUAGACAUUACAGGUUGCAGAUAAAACGCCUGUAUUGGUUUUUACCACUAAUGUACUAUUACUUCAAUA